CUCUCCAUUGAGGGAACGCGUUCGUUUCACCUGAACCUGGGGAACGAUCGUCCCAACAUAAAACAAGAAUUGCGACUUAUGAAGUCGGCGAGCGAUUACGCUGCGCUCGACUUCAUAGUCGCAGGGGCUACUACACGGGAGGAAAUACCACGCACUAUUAUAUUUGUAAAUGCGGUCUCGAAGACACAUGCCGUCGCGCAUAGACUUCGAGCUAAGGUCGGGGAGCUACUGCGCGAUGAGAUCGCGAUCUUGCAUGCACACAGGGCAGAAGACUCGAAGCGCGAGAUUUGGCGGCGUUUCAAGGAUGGGGAGGUUCGAAUAUUAGUUGCGACAGAGGCCGCAGCAAUGGGAAUGGACGUGCCCGAUAUCACCCUUGCCGUGCAAUUCGGCGUCCCUGAAAAUCUAGCGGUGUGGCUCCAGCGCGCUGGUCGCGCUGGAAGGUCACCGCUGCUGGAGGCAACAGCAGUGAUGAUGAUGGAGCGGUCGGUCGUACAGAGAAAAAGUGUCGAAGAGAAUCUCCGCGCCUGGAUAGAGGCAGGAGGGUGCAGGAGGAGCGUCGCGGACGCCUACUUCAACAACCCGCCACGACGCACCCCCAUGUCCCCCUCCCGCUGCUGCGACAACUGUGCCGCCGCCACCGCCACCGCCCUUUCCACUGGACCGUCAGCGCCUGUGACCGCGACACCCAAGGGCCCGAUGGCUGUAGCCUCUCGCGCCGGCUCCCCUGCGCGACAUGUCGACAACUCACUGCGCCCCCGACUCUCUCCCAAACGGCGGAAAGGCACCCAUCUCAAGACCGUGAAAACCGCCCUCGUGAAUUGGCGAUACACGACGCGGCGCACCAAAUACAGGUUCUCCUCGCUCAAAGCGGAGAACAUCCUCCCCGACAACGCGCUCACGACCAUCGCGUCCCUCCGUCGGGAUCUGAAGACGAUCCCGGACCUUAAGCGGGUCCUCAACCCCCCCUGGCCCCAUGUCGACACUCAUGGGGGG